AUGGCGAAAAGACUGCUGCCCAACGACGUGGAGAUCAGCCACGAGGAGCUGGCGAAGCGGCAGCGCGCCGCGGCGGACGCGGCGGAACAGAGCAACAUCGACGCGGAGCUGCUGAAGGAGAAACAGGACGCGCACUCGGGCGACGAGGAGGACGACGCGCAGCACUUGCACCACCACCACGGCGGCCACCACCACCACGGGCACCACCACCACCACCCGGACGACGACGACGACCACGAGGACACGGCGGCGGCGGCCGCGGCCGCGGCCGCGGUGUACGGCGGGCUCAUGAACGCGCAGGACGACCCCAACAGUGCGCUGCACCACCACCACGGCCACCACCACCACGGGCUCGCGCACCACCACGGCGCCAAGGGCGAGGACGACGACAGCGCGGUGUCGUUGAAGGACGACGACGACGACGAGCUGGCCAAGCGCGGCGGGAGUGCCGCUGCGGCGGCCGCGGCCCGCCGCGGCCGCAAGCCCGUGCCAGUGACCGGGUCCGAGGAGUGGCGCCAGCAGCGCAAGGACUCCCACAAGGAGGUAGAGCGGCGCCGCCGCGAGAACAUCAACAGCGCGAUCAACAAGCUCAGCGAUCUUCUGCCGGUGAAGGAGACCAGCAAAGCCUCGAUUCUCCUGCGCGCGGCGGAGUACAUCCAGAAGCUGCGGGACACCGAGAACGCCAACAUCGAGAAGUGGACGCUGCAAAAACUGCUCAGCGAGCAGCAGGUGAGCACGCUGACCAAAGCCAACGAAAGCUUGCAAUUGGAACUCGGGAACGCCUUCAAGCAGGUGGACAUCCUCAAGCGCCAGCUGCGCAGCGCCGGGAUCCCCAUCGACACCGACGUUACCAAACUGGAAUCCGAGGCCAACAGAAACAGCUAG